AUGGUCAGUAAGGACGUUUUAAACCACCGAGAAGACGAUCAAACGCAGUGCAUGUCGUACGGAGAUUCAAAUGAAGAAUCUUCGUAUAGGCGCGCGAGCGAGGACUACACUUGCGCCUAUUCCGCAAACCGGCAGUGCUUUGACGAUUUUCAUGAACAGUUCCACUGUCGUCAGAAUGAUUCCAUGGAUGAGGAUCGCUGGAUACAAAAGGUGGAAGACCGACGGAACAGCAGGCCUUCACUUCCUGUUAACGAGGAACGUGUCAGUGAAUGUCAGGGGCACAGAUGUUUGCUGUUGCAGACGAAGUCAAAAGAAUCGCGAUGGCUUCUGAAGGAUUCGGAAACGGACGAAAGCAUUGAGCAAAGACGUGAUUCUGUGGUUAUGUGUCGAUAUAACCCGGCACACGUUCUUGACGAAGUCGACAUCGGUUCGCAUGAAAAAUCCUGCAAAGAUCGAUCUCUUCUCAAGUGCUAUGGUAUCCAGUUCAACCGAUGA